GCCCAAUAGAGAUUCCGUGCUUUAUUUUGCCUCCCCAUCAUCCAUCCCAAUUAGAAUUUCAAGCCUAAAAUGAUACCAGAGUGGCUAAAACCCUUUUCUCUGAAACUGAGAUUGAAUUGUAACGUCUAAUCGAAAACCCAUCUAUUCUCCAAGGUUUGAUCUUCCUCGCUUGUAAACAAAACCCUUCAAUUAGUAUCUUUUCUGAAUUACUGCAACAACUCAUGUGUAGUUUGCGCUGAAUGAUUCUGUGCUAUUGUUGAAGUCACGAAAAUAUUUUUUUUUAUUUUUUAUUUUUCCCUUGGUUGUCCAGAUAUUGUUUUGGGGUUUUAAUCUGUUUUGACAGAUGAAGUUUGUCUUUUGUUGAACAAUAUGGGUUUUUAUUUUUUUAUUUUUCUUACCAGUUUAAGCUAGCAGUUUAAUUCAAUUCGGAAGAGGAAAAUCUGGGGCUAGGAUUUCUUGAUUUAAUAAAUUUGGGUUUUGUUGUCUGACUAUUUAAUAGUUCUGUGAGUUAGAAAGUUGAAGAUUAGAUUAACCUGAAUAGAAACACAGAAUUUUUAUUUUAGGGCGCGUCAAUUUAUAAUGGCUGAUGAGACCUCUCCUGCGAUGAAUUUUGAUCUUAAUUUGGGGCCUCUUGAAAAUUGGGGCGAUGCAACUGAACCUGGUUCGGGAUCUAAUCACAAUUCUGCAUUCGAAUUAAUUGGUGAAAAUGGAUUACAACUUGGUGAGGGUAGUGCGAUCGGUGAGGAAAGAAACAACGAAGUGGCCAAAACUCUUGAGAAUGGCAAUGGAUAUUUGGAAGAUGAAGCUCUGAGAAAGAAGGGAGACGGUGGAAUGAAUAACGGUGUUGAAGGCAGCUUUUUUGAUUGCAAUAUAUGCUUGGAGUUGGCUAAGGAACCUGUUGUAACUUGCUGUGGUCACUUGUUUUGCUGGCCUUGUCUUUACCAUUGGUUACAUCAUCACUCAUAUGCCGAGGAGUGUCCUGUUUGUAAGGGAGAAGUUACAACAAAAAAUGUGAUCCCAAUUUAUGGCUCAGGAAGUAUUAUACGGGAGCAUGAUGUGGAUUCUCGUCUGAACAACAUUCCUCUCAGGCCCCAAGCAUCGCGGUUUGAGGGCUGGAGGCAAAUUAUUCAGAGGACUGCAUCCAUUUUUCCAAUGGAGGAAAUGAUUGACCAUCUUGGAAGUACAUUUGAGUUGAGUCAGGAAUCUGUCCAAAAUCAGUCUCGAAAUUCCAGUGGUCCACGCGAAUCACAUGUUAGAUAUAACUCAUUUCUCAACCAGUUUAUGACUUCUAGAGGAGCGCGUAGUGAAAGAGCUGCACUGCCAUUUGUUGAUAUGAGUGACUUGAUAGAAAGCAGCCCUGCUAAUAAUGAGUUAAGGUCAAGUCGACUUUCAUCAUACCUGCGCCAUAGAUCAAGCUCAAAUCGAACUGCUACCUUGCCCAACCUCCAAUCUGGAUUAAGCUCUGACGAAAUUCAAGUUGCAAGGUGGUUGGCUGAAGAUUCAUAUUUGAAUAACAAUCCUGUAGAAAGAAAUCAAGAACAGGCUCCAGCAGUUAAUGAUAGGGAUUCUUUGUCAAGCAUUGCUGCUGAUAUACGCUCAGAGAGUCAGUCAGUUGAUAAUGCUAUCGAAAUAGAUUCCAGAGUGUUGCUUUCUACUUCAUCUUCCAGAACUAGAAGAAGAAAUAACACAUCAAGAACUUCUGAUGUGGAUGGUGGAGAUUCACGUGCACGCAGGAGGAGAAGGCUGACUGAUUUCAGGACAUUCAGU